UGUAACUAUAUGAGUAUAAUGAUUGAUAAUCGUAUGUAGCAUACUGCGUACAACCUAUACCGCAUACGCCCUGGGGCUACGGUAUAUUAUCUACAUAUCAAUAUAUUAUUAUUAUGUGCAAUCCUAAUUACUAUUAUAGGAAGCCGCGGUGCGGUGUAUACUUACUAUAUAAUAUAAAUUCACUCAAAACUGGUUCAUCAGCCGAAUAGCGCGAGAUGCGCAAGGUGUGCGUGUACAUACCUAUAUAUAAACACUAUAUAGUAUUAUGUAUAUUAUACAGUGCUCGUAGCAUAUGUAUAUACCUAUAUUAAAUAGUUCAGUAGUGCAGCCUGCAGCACUCCCCCGCGGUAGAGGGUAAAAAGAAAUGCGCGCAGGGUGAACGCGACCCAUUGUCGCCGCGGCUUGCACGGUCUUCCUGCUCUCUCUCCCUCUCGCACCACGCGCACACGCACCACUCACACACUCAUCUGCUCCCCCACCCGUUUUCUAGGUUUUCGUUAUUAUUAUUAUUAUUAUUUUUUUUUUCGACGGGCACGUUCGGCACGACCGACGACCACCUGCCACCGGAGAGCCCGUCCCGCGGCUGCAGUCGGCUCAAUCGUCCGUCCGCUGCAGUGUGGCGCGCGCUUAUCGGCACUACGUACUGCAGUCGAUACAAAUAUAAUACGUACUCGCCGCAUUGCACCGUUGCGAUAACUUGCCCAUCGUACUGAAGUACAGCGUAAGGGUAAAAAAUCGCCGUCCUAAUAUUGUAGAGUAGAAGAUAGUAAGUUGUACUGCAGGUAGCACACCGGUUGCACGCGUACUCUCGCCUUCACCCGACCAUUAUGAAGCGCAAAGACGACAGCGCCCAACUGGACCACCACCUCAACAUGAUGUUGGAGUUGGUCGAGCGGCUGGAGCGGAACAGGUGGUCGGCGGGUUCCGGUGGCCGGCGGUGGAGACCCGAUGCCCGGCCGCCGCUGAUGCCCCUACAAGCUGAACUCCGCACGCUGGAGCUCUGGCGGUCCGUCAUGGCCGAGUGUCUGGCCACGUUCCUGUACGUGGCCGUUGUCUGCGGCGCGGCCACUUCGGACGCUUCACCCGUACUCGGCGCGGCCGCCGCGUCCGGGUUCACCAUGCUUGCCCUCACCGUGUGUCUGCAAAACGUUUCCGGAGGACACAUAAAUCCUGCUUUAACCACUGCCAUGCUGAUCACAAGAAGGAUAAGCCCCGUAAGAGCUGUUAUGUUCAUAGCCGCACAAUGUGGCGGCGCAGUAGGAGGAGCUGCGAUAAUCUACAGUGUUUCCGCUCGCAACUACUUCACCAGUCUAUACGACCUGCCAAACAGCAGCACAACCCCAUGGCAACGUUUCAGCUUAGGCUUGCUACUCAUGUUCUUCAUCGUGUUUACAUAUUACGUGACUAAUAAUACGUUUCACAAAUGGACCGGAACUGCGGCAACGGCAAUAGGAGCCGUGUACUUCGCGUGCGGUCUAGUGGCGAUGCCCUUUAUUAAUCCAGCUUGCGCGUUUGGACCGGCACUUGUUAUGAACCAUUGGGAUAAUCACUGGGUUUAUUGGUUUGGACCAGGAGCAGGAGGAAUUAUUGCAGGCGUAGUGUAUGAUUUAAUAUUUAAUCCACAAAAACGAAAAGCAACAAUAGAUGAUUUGAAUGAUGAUGAGAAUCUGUGUCAAAUACAGGUACCACACAAAAUUAUUCGACCAGCUCUUUCCCCUCCAAUGCUAUCUGCUGAUUUAGAUUUGCCAGAGCCUCUGUAUGAAGGGAGUAGAUCGUUAUACGCCCGUUCACCGGUUUUGACCCGUGCAAAUUUAAGUCGUUCACAGUCACUGUACCAUUCAAAAUCCAUUCAAAACUUGCCACCUCGUGAUUACUUACCAAGACCAGGGCCAUUAUUACCAGCACAAGGAAUGUUUCCACAGACAACGACAGCUAAUGAUAGAACAGAUAGACCCGAUAGGCAAAAUCAACAGAAUCAACAAAGGCAACAUGAACCCACAUAUUAUAGUGCUAGGAAUUUGGCAAAAGUCAACGCUAGUGGCAUCCAUAAUGGAAUAUAUCCACAAAGUUAUAAUAGGUCUGAAACAUAUAGGCAACCACCGAAAGAUUCAGCAGAUGAUACUUAUGGAGUUUAUGGCAAUUCUCAAAAUAAAUCACAAAAUCAUCAUGGCAAUCAUUCAAAGAGUGAAUUGGUUUACCGAUGGACACCACCAAAUUCAGUUAUGCACGAGUAUUCAUGAAUGUGUCUAUAUAUUAUAUUGUUAUUAUAUGUACAGUUAGCGAUAUGAAUUCUAAUUUCUUAAUUGUAAAAUAUUUAGUGUAAAUAUAUUUUAUAUAAAUAAAUAUUUAUUAGUUAUUACUAUGAUGGAAACAAUAAAUUAAUAUUUUGUUCAC